AUGCUGGGGCGGGCGGCGGCGGCGGGUCGGACCCUGCGAUGGGGAGCGGCGGCGGCGGGGCGGCGGCAGCGGAGCGGGGCGGGCAGCCCCGACCGCGGCCCCCGCAGCGACCGGGCCCCGAAGAUCUACACGAAGACGGGAGACGCAGGCUUCUCCAGCACCUUCACCGGGGAGCGGCGGCCGAAGGGCGACCGGAUCUUCGAAGCUCUGGGAGCCACGGACGAACUGAGCUCGGCCAUCGGGCUCGCUGGUGAAUUUAGCAGUGAAAAGGGCCACACAUUUGUUGAGCAGCUUCACAAAGUCCAGUGUAUGCUGCAGGAUGUGGGCUCCAACAUCGCGACGCCGCUCUCCUCAGCCAGGGAGGCUCACUUAAAACGAACAUCUUUCAGUGAGAAGCCAGUUCUGGAGCUGGAGCAGUGGAUUGACAGCUACUCAGAGCAGCUUCCUCCACUCAGAACUUUCAUCUUGCCAUCAGGAGGUAAAAGCAGUGCUGCUCUCCACUUCUCCCGAGCUGUCUGCCGCAGAGCUGAAAGGUGCAAGCCAGAAAAGGCUGUGCCCCGGUCAGGAGGCAGGAACAGUGCUGUUCCCUCGACAAAAGGGUCCCUGUUUACAUGCAGAAAGGAUGUGGGGAGUUGGAAUGGGGACUCCAGCGUGGUUCCUUUGGUGCAAGCAGGGGAGGCAGAUCCAAACGUGGCCAAAUACUUAAACAGACUGAGUGACUACCUCUUUGUUCUGGCACGUUACGCUGCAAUGAAGGAAGGGAAGGAGGAGAAAAUAUAUAUAAAGCCUGAGCUGUAACUGGGAGCUGGAAUGUUUGUUUCCUUGAGCAUGGGAAGCUAAAUCCAGCAGACUGCUUUCCCCAUCAAGGAAGGGAAAGAGAACAAGCCUGCAUUGGAAACGUGAGCUGCCAAAAACUUCCAGCUUAAAUAAUUAGGAAUUGUUCUUAAAUACGGCGCAGAACAUGUUCUAUUCACUGGGCCUUGUCCAAAUACCCCUUGUACAACACUGGUCUUUGCCCUGCAUUGGAGGUGGGGCAGGAGACUUGGCAGAACUCGAGCUGAUUCCUAGAGAAGUCCCCCUUGCCCUGGGCAGUGCAGGUGCUGUGGAAAGGCUUUGACAAGACAGAGGAAUGAAGAGGAGAAAACAAUCAGCUUCUCCUUGCAAGUCACAAUGCUCGUGCAGAACAGCAGCUGGGUGGAGAUUCAGGAACUCUGCCCACAAGCUUUGAAGUAAUAAAUGUGAAUUUAUUUAUACCAAAGGGCCCUUAACUCAUACUUCAACAGUGAGCCCAGAGUGCUUUUCUUUAAGCUGCUUUCAAUCCAUCAGCCUGGCUGAAGCUGAGCUGUGUAGAUUUCCAGGAAUGCACUAAGAAUUCCCUGGCUCCGGCAGCCUCUCUGCAUGCACAUGAAGAAUCUCUGUGCUGACAAUCCAGCGCAUCCUCUGCCAGGAGCAGGGCCCGUGCAGGAUGGAGGGAUGAAAGGAGGAAGGGACAAAGCCUGCAGGUCAUGUGCAGUCAAGCUGUGUGGAGGUACCUGGGGUUUACUCCACAUGGAGCUGCCCCUGUGCCCUCUGAGUUUGGCCACAUCCUCUGCUCUGGCUGCAGGUACCAGUUGAAGGAGUAGAGUCCUUGUUCUGUUUGAGCUUCUAUCCCUGGGGACUGUUCAAGUUUGCAGAUGAAGGAGUUGUGAUGAGUAGCAGGGGCCUGGUGCCACCUCCGUGGUGCUUUCCACACCUCGAGAGCUCUUGUCCUGCACUCGGUGCCACUUCCAGGGGUGGGAGCUUCCACAUCAGUCAUGCAGUUCCUCUAUUCAAUUAAUUAAGUAGAAACAACCUUAAACUUGCUUCCCCAGAGUCUCUGGCUUUUGUGUUAACUUUUUAAUCAGCGUGGGGUCAGAGUGAAGAAUGCCCAGCACUAAUAGACAUCUCUGCCUCAUUACUCACCCUCUUCUUUGAAACAGAUAUUUCAUGGCUAUUGUUAAUGCACAUUUUUCACAGAGUCAUUUCCCAAGCCUUAGCCUCUAACACAUCCCAAUGACAAAUGCUCUUGAUUUGGACUGUACCGUCAGCUGCAGUGUCACAUCAGACAGUUCCUCAGUGCCUGCUCCAGACAAGCCCUCCAGUUUUAUGGUAGCUCUGUCUCAGUGAUCACUACUGAACCUCAGGAAUCCAGAGGCUUUUCAAGUUUAAUUGAAUAAAAUUCUUUGCAAUAUAAA